CAAUAUCCAAUUCUUCUCUCCUUCCAACGCGUCAAUGUCCAAGGCUCUGAAAGCGAAAGAUCAACUGGUGGCAAGUACUUCUCUGCAACGUUUUUCGCUUGAGUAAUAAAACUAUUCUAGCGCAUUCUGAUUCCUGCGGGCAAGGCUGCACCUACACCACCCGUCGGUCCAGCGCUUGGUGCGCGUGGCGUAAAAUCUAUGGAUUUCUGCAAGGAGUUCAAUGCGCGAACUGCCCAUAUUGAACCUGGGGUCCCAACUCCUACUUUAAUCACCGUCGAGCCUGACCGUACUUUCUCGUUUAUCACCAAAACACCACCAACGACCUACCUCUUGAAAAAAACUGCGGGGAUAGAAAAGGGAACAGGUCGACCUGGCCAUGAAGUCACCGGAACAAUUAGUCUCAAACACGUGUAUGAAGUCGCAAAAAUUAAAGCCAAGGAUGCGCACCUCAAGCACUUGAAGCUCGAGUCGAUCGCAAGUACUGUUGUUGGCACAGCGAAAAGUUUGGGUUUACAGGUUGUGCCGUGACCUCCUGUCACAGAUAUUCGCAGAAAAG